GGAGAUCCGGAAAAAGAUAUUCGAGCUCAUCUUCUCCCUCUCAACAAAUCUUUUCUGGUAAAUCUGACUUCUCUUUCCCAGAAGUUAGAGAAAAAAACGAGUAGAUGUUUCGCCAACUUGAAAAAGCUGCGUCGUACCCUGCAUGAUGAAAUAACUGAAUUUCAAUCGAUGGCAGAAAAAUUACAAAAUUUAUCAAAGGCUACAGAAGAAGCUCCACCGCAUCUCCCCCCCCCCCCAAAUGACACCGUUUCUCUCGAUUUGGCGUCCAUCGUAACUACUACUACUACUACUACUACUACUACUACUACUACUACUACUACUACUACUACUACUACUACUACUACUACUACUACUACUACUACUACUACUACUACUACUACUACUACUACUACUACUACUACUACUACUACUACUACUACUACUACUACUACUACUACUACUACUACUACUACUACUACUACUACUACUACUACUACUACUACUACUACUACUACUACUACUACUACUACUACUACUACUACUACUACUACUACUACUACUACUACUACUACUACUACUACUACUACUACUACUACUACUACUACUACUACUACUACUACUACUACUACUACUACUACUACUACUACUACUACUACUACUACUACUACUACUACUACUACUACUACUACUACUACUACUACUACUACUACUACUACUACUACUACUACUACUACUACUACUACUACUACUACUACUACUACUACUACUACUACUACUACUACUACUACUACUACUACUACUACUACUACUACUACUACUACUACUACUACUACUACUACUACUACUACUACUACUACUACUACUACUACUACUACUACUACUACUACUACUACUACUACUACUACUACUACUACUACUACUACUACUACUACUACUACUACUACUACUACUACUACUACUACUACUACUACUACUACUACUACUACUACUACUACUACUACUACUACUACUACUACUACUACUACUACUACUACUACUACUACUACUACUACUACUACUACUACUACUACUACUACUACUACUACUACUACUACUACUACUACUACUACUACUACUACUACUACUACUACUACUACUACUACUACUACUACUACUACUACUACUACUACUACUACUACUACUACUACUACUACUACUACUACUACUACUACUACUACUACUACUACUACUACUACUACUACUACUACUACUACUACUACUACUACUACUACUACUACUACUACUACUACUACUACUACUACUACUACUACUACUACUACUACUACUACUACUACUACUACUACUACUACUACUACUACUACUACUACUACUACUACUACUACUACUACUACUACUACUACUACUACUACUACUACUACUACUACUACUACUACUACUACUACUACUACUACUACUACUACUACUACUACUACUACUACUACUACUACUACUACUACUACUACUACUACUACUACUACUACUACUACUACUACUACUACUACUACUACUACUACUACUACUACUACUACUACUACUACUACUACUACUACUACUACUACUACUACUACUACUACUACUACUACUACUACUACUACUACUACUACUACUACUACUACUACUACUACUACUACUACUACUACUACUACUACUACUGUAACAACAGAAGACAAGGGCCAGGCAACAGAUCGUUUAUUACGAAAAAUCAACACGUAUUUAUAG